UCUUCAAAUGCUGAACUUGAAGGAAAUCGCAAGGACAGAAGGAGAAUUUAAAUGCAGGUGGUGAGUCUCAACACCAUGCAGGGGCCUCGGAGGAAGGUGAAGGUCAUGGUGACGAUGACAAUGGUGUUUAUCUUUAUAGUGGUAGAAGUAUCACGUAAUGCUGGGAAGGGUGAUGGCAAUAAGAAUAAGCUGCUGAUUCCCUCUAAGCGGUUCUGGGCUAAAGAUGUUCCCAACGAUGCCUACUGGAAUCGCCAGCAACAGCAGCUCAACUACAUAAACAACCUCAAUCUAGAAAAUAUCAACUCAAUGAUUGAGAAAGUUCCAGAUUGGCUCAAUGACACAGUCAGUCUUGACUCCUGUGACCCAGACUUCAGAGUGACUACGCAAGUUAACGAUUACAAUUCGCUUCCAGACCGCUUCAAAGACUUCUUGCUGUAUAUGCGUUGCAGGUCGUAUCCCAUCGUGGUGGACCAGCCAAACAUAUGCAAAGACCAACCGUUCCUCCUCCUUGCGAUUAAAUCUUUAGUUCCGCACUUUGAUCGACGUCAGUCGAUCCGUGAGUCAUGGGGCAAAGCUGGUCGUCUUGCAAACAAAACAGUUGUUACAGUGUUUCUUCUUGGUAAUGCAGCCGCAGAGGACCACUUCCCUGAUCUGUCACAAAUGCUCCAUCAUGAGUGCUUAAUGCAUGGGGAUAUUCUUCAGUGGGACUACAGGGAUACAUUCUUCAACCUCACCAUUAAGGAGGUCCUCUUCCUGGAAUGGCUGACGACUCGCUGUUCUGGAGCUAGUUACAUCUUCAAGGGUGAUGACGAUGUUUUUGUCAACACCUUUCGCAUCAUAGACUUCCUCAGCAAUCUCUCCCAUGCCAAAGCUAAGGAAUUGUUUGUAGGGGAUGUGAUUACCAAUGCUGGCCCCCACAGGAACAAGAAGGUUAAGUAUUUCAUCCCUGAGAGUGUGUUCGUCGGAGCGUACCCUGCAUACGCUGGUGGAGGUGGUUACCUGUUCUCAGGACAGCUGGCCAAGAAAAUGUAUAAUGCCUCGAGGCAGGUGGCCCUCUACCCUAUUGAUGAUGUCUACACAGGUAUGUGCCUUAUGAAAUUGGGCCUUGCGCCUGAGAAGCACAAAGGCUUCAGGACUUUUGAUAUCGAGGAGAAAUACCGUGAUAAUGCCUGUGCCUACAACAGCUUGAUGCUGGUCCACCCCAGAAGUCCUCAACAUAUGAUACAAAUCUGGGCCUGGCUAAAUGACCCAGACUUGAAUUGUCAUUGACCUCUCAGGAUCACUGAUCUAAGUUGUGGCUGCUUGAAUAUUUUUGCCAUUGUUCUAUUGUGAGUUGUCAUUAUUGUCAUUAUGUACAUGCAAACCUUGGAACAUCUGUUGAUUUCAUAGUUAGGAUCAGGAGCAACAAAGAGCUGUUUGGAUGUAUGUAUUUUAAAUGUGGCUCAAAAUUGCUGCCUCCAUAGUAUUGCAACGUCUUGACUUAAAAGUCUGUUUGUAAUGUUCCAAGUAUUUAUACCUUGCUCCAUUGACAACACUGGUAGUGAAAAUGCGGUAGAGAAUGGGAUUAUGAGCAGCGCAGUUCAGCUGGUCUGAAUAAUGCACCGUGACAGUACACGGCUCAACAAAAAUUUAGUUUACCAGUAAUAUCGCUUUGUCAUUUUAAGAUUUUUUUUCUAGAUUUGAUAAGACAUUAUGUGACAUUAUAAAUUCAGAAAAUAAAUGUUGUAUUAUGUUGUAGCUGUUUUUGACAUAAAAUGACCGUAAUUGUUUCUUUGGGGGUUUUCAAAGUUUUAUCUGUGCUGAAACAAACUUUAAGGCCACUGUCCAUGCUAGCUGCUUUAGUUUUCUGUGUUGUGCAUGAAAAUAAUGCACAAAAAGCCUGAAAAUAGAGAUGUUUACUUUCACAUUAAAGGGAUUGUUCACCCAAAAAUACAAAUUCUCUCAUCAUUUACUCACUCAUGCCAUCCCAGAUGUGUAUGACAUUCUUUCUUCUGUAGAACACAGGUUUUUUAGAAUAUCUCCAAGAAUAUGUCCAAAAAGCACAAAAUGGCAGCAUAACAGUAAUCCAAAUGAUUCCAGUGGUUAAAUCCAUGUCUUCUGAAGCAAUAUGAUGGGUAUGAGUAAGAAAAAGAUCAAUAUUUAAGUCCUUUUUACUAUAAAUCUCCAGCUUUGUCCAUCCCCAACCAGUAGGUGACUGAAUGUGAAAGUAAUUUCCAUACCAGAAUGUGGAAGAGAAAGGGUAGGUUUAUAGUAAAAUAGGACUUAAAUAUUGACCUGUUUCUCACCCACACCUAUUAUAUAAUUUAUGAAGAUACGGAUUUAACCACUGGAGGCUUUUGGAUUACGUUUAUGCUUUAUGUCCUUUUUGGACCUUCUGAGUUCUGAUCACCAUUCACUUGCAUUGUGAGGACCAACAGAGCUGAGAUAUUCAUUUAAAAUAUCUUAAUAUAUGUUAUGCAGAAGAAAGUCAUACACAUCUGGGAUGGCAUGAGGGUGAGUAAAUGAUGAGAUAAUUUUUAUUUUUGGGUGAACUAUCCUUUUAAUGUGAAUGCAAACUCAUCUCUAUUUUCUGGGUUUUUGUGUUUUAUUUUCAUGCACAACACAGAAAACUAAAGCAGCUAGCAUGGACAGUGGGGUUAAAUUUGUGAUGGAUGUAUAGAGGAAGAAAGUAAGUCAUGCACAUCUGGGAUAUCAUGAUGGUGAGUAAAUGAUGGGGGAAUUUUCAUAUUUGGGUGAACUAUCACUUAUUUUAUCACUUAUCUGCUUAUUUUAGAGCUGUAUUUGUGGGGGCAAAACUUAAAUGGGUUGCCUACUAAGUCUCUGCACUUGCUUAAAUAUAUGGUUCACCCUAAAGUGACAAUUUUGUCAUUAUUUACUCACCCUCAUUUAAUUUCAAACUUGUAUGACUUGCUUUUGUGGAACAUAAAAGCAGAUAUUAGGCAUUAAGUUAGACUGAAGUCUGCAUAGAAACUUAUUUUGUGUUCCAUCGAAGAAAGUAUUUUUGAACAACAUAAGUUGUGAGUAAAUGUAAAUAUUUUUGGUUGACCGGUUCCUUUUCGACAGCACAAAAUUUUCCCUGUCUUACAUCUACAAGUAGACAACCAAAUGCAGUCAAAAUCCUUUUAUUAUUAUUAUUAUUAUUAUUAUUAUUAUUAUUAUUAUUAUAACAAAUUUGCUUAAUUAGGUUUUGCUGUACAUUGCUGCUUGAGUCAUAGAAUCUAACACACCCCACUGAAGUGUGUUUGAUUCUGCUGUAUUAUUUAUUUGUGUACAAUAUCAUGCACUCCUCAAAAUACAUGCUAAUAUUUUUAUUGAAAAAGCUGACUAAAAUGCUAGUGUCUUGUCUUAUUUGAAUCCUUUGUAAAACAUAUGACCUCAGGAUGUGUCCUCUGGCAAAAGUAAUCCAAAAAUAAAUCAAAGCCUGUAAAUCAAACAUGUAAUGUUAAGUACAUGAUUAUGAAAUUUGUGAAAGAAGGAUACAAGGUUGUGGUGUUCUUUGUUUGCAUUUCCCCUUUUUAAUCAAGGGAUACUGUAAUUUACCAUCUUGACUAAACAAGUGUAACCAGCCUGCGGCUCACAAGAGCCAAUUUUCCAACCCAAGAUUGAGCCUGUUGCUGUUUUGAUCAGUUUGCUGUUGUUUUUUCCUCCCAUAAAAGAAGGUCAGGAACAGUGUCUCAGCUGGCUUAUUUGAUUACCGGUACUGAAUUUUAUUGAAUGGGUAUACAUUUUACAGUCAGUGACCCCUGCUGGUCAACAAGGACUUUAUUUUUAUUUUUUUGUAAAACUAAAAAACACUGGAACCUUUUUUGCAACCUGGUAAUAAAACCUAUUUGCUCAUUAGGCUUCAGCCUAAUGGAAUAUUUAAAUGCCAGUCAACAAGUAGGUCAAGUUUAUUUUACUGUUCAUUUUGUUAUUUUGUUUUGAGCAAUUCAUUAUAACAGGUAUGAUGCUGAAAUGUGGCCUGGUAAGCAUGAUUAGAUCCACAUAUGGACUGUAUCCAGUCUAUAAAUACUGUUAUCUGUUAUUCUUAGGUCUGCUACAUUUAAGCCAAGUCAAGCUUGCAUCAUAGUUGCAUCAACUGUUGUUUUUAUUUUUAAGUUGUUCAUCCAGCUGUGAGGAAUGAGGGCCAUAAAGAUGUGUGUUUUAUUUAGAUUCUCUCCUGAUGGGGAAAGUAAGCCCAACAUAUAAUGAUCUAAUGUAGUGUUAGAUGAAAGGGACACAGUUUUAACAUGUAUUCAAAAAUGGUAAAAAAAUACAAAAACAACAACUUGUAUUUAUAAACUACUAUUUUAUGACAUUCUAUGCAGUUCACCAAAGUAGAUUAGUACACUUUUUAUACACUGGUAUUUAUUAGGUUCUACAACGUUCUUGGUGCAUCUGAUUCUGUUCUGACCAUUGUAUAAUGAACUUACAUCUAUACUUAACACUGUAGACCAUUCAACAAAAUGAACACUUGUUCUGCCUUCACAACUGUGUUUGUGUAGCAGAAGGCAUGUUUAUAGUAAUUAUAAAAAUUUUUAUUUUUGUGGAACUUCCGUCUGAUAAUUGGGUCCAGAUGUCCAUCAUGAUAAGAUAUUUGAAUGUUAAAAUUAUUUGAUUUUCUAGUAAAAGUUGUUUAUGUAUAUUUGUGUAUUGAUGUUUAUAUCUAUGUACAAACUCACGAUUGUCAUGUGCGUCUGGAGAGUAUUCGUGAUAAACUUUGCUGUGUUGGCUGAAUGUCAUUGUGUCUUUUAGAAUCUAUUUGUAUUGUGAAAUUGUUUAUUAAUUGCACAUCAGUGAGAUCUCCAAGGAAUUCCUGAAGAAUCUAACUGUUAAAACAAAAAUAUACCCCCCACACACACACACACACACGCUUAUUUAUAUGCUGCACAACACCUCUUACCAAAAUCAAAUUCUGUGAACUGCAGACAAUGUUACCAAAAUGUGCCUAUUCAUAAUUCUGAUUGAUUAUCUUUGUGUCAGUCUUUCAUAAAUGCACUUUUUGUUCAUUUUAUUAAGACUGUGUCAGUCUUUUUGAUUUAUUAAAUAGAAUAAACUUUGAUGUAUUUUGUACUUCUGUCAUCCCUGUCUAUGUUACAGUCUUAAUACUGUUUUCUAUUGAAAACCUUGUUGUUAAAUAAUGUUAAUUUCUAUCAAAUCUGAUAUUUUCAAUGGUUAAUUAAUUUCAGGGUGUUUUCUUCACCCCACUUUCCUGCAAAUGAAAUACCUUGAUCAAAUGGAGAAUAAAA